GAGAAAAACCAUGGCCAUCUCAAGAAGCAAUGGCCUAGUGUUUGUGAUGCUGCUGCUAUUUGCUUGCUAUGUAAUGCAAAUAAGUGCAGAAACUCGCACCUGCGUGCAGCGCAGGAGCCCGUGCUUUCUAAGGCGUAUAGCAUGCCCGCCUGAGUGCCCUUUUACGUCACCAAAGGAUCCAAAAGCCAAAGUCUGCUACAUUGACUGUGAAUCUCCCAUAUGCAAAGCUCAGUGCAAAACUCGCAAACCGAAUUGUAAUGGUCGAGGAUCGGCAUGCUUGGACCCUCGUUUUGUCGGUGCAGAUGGAAUUGUUUUCUACUUCCAUGGAAGGCGGGAUGAGCAUUUCAGCUUAGUGUCUGAUGAGAACCUUCAGGUCAAUGCACGUUUCAUUGGCCUUAGGCCAGAAGGAAGGAAAAGGGAUUAUACUUGGAUUCAAGCAUUGGGAAUCCUAUUUGACUUCCACAACUUUUCUAUCGAGGCCACCCGAUCAGCAAUUUGGGACAAAGAAGUCGACCACUUGAAACUCUCAUACAACGGAGAGGAGCUCGUGAUCCCAGAAGGUCACCUCUCCACAUGGCAGUCCACAGAGAAUCAGCUUAAAGUGGAGAGAACAUCAAGCAAAAACAGUGUCAUGGUUACUCUACCAGAAGUUGCCGAGAUAUCAGUCAAUGUGGUACCUGUAACCAAGGAAGAUAGUAGAAUCCACAACUAUCAAAUCCCUGAUGAUGAUUGCUUUGCUCACUUGGAGGUUCAGUUCAAAUUCUACGGCCUGUCCCACAAAGUUGAAGGAGUUCUUGGCAGGACUUAUCAGCCUGAUUUCAAGAAUCCGGCAAAGCCGGGUGUAGCAAUGGCAGUUGUUGGAGGAGAAGACAGGUAUAGAACCUCAUCACUUCUUUCUCCGGAUUGUGGUGCUUGUGUAUUUUCUCCGAAACAGCCUUCAGAAAGGAAGACCUCUGUGCUGGAGUAUGGUUUGCUGGAUUGCACUGGUGUUGCAAAAAGUGGGAAUGGUAUAGUUUGCAGGAGAUAAAUUCUGAAUCCACAAAGCUGUUGCAAGAAAGUUUUAAUUGUUUUCAUGUUUAUUUUGUUGGUAAAACUCUUAUUCUACCAGGUUUCAUGCUGAAUAAAAAAUUGUAAUCAUUUUUUAGUGGAAAAAUAAAAAUUGUCAUAUUUUGU